UGUUCGGUGUUUUGACCUUUGCAGGUACAUGAUGACAUCUCAAAAGGCCUCAUAUACAGUGUAUUGGGUCGCUGCUGGUAUUGCUAUUCGUAGUGCGUGGUUGUGUUGUGGGUUGAUCUCGUUGAACACUCUUCUCUUGUUACCAGCUGACUGCCCAGAUCCGGGUUAGUCAUUAUGAACCAUUAUCAACGUGUUGCGAACUUUGAAUCCACGUCCGGCUGUGUAUAUUCUGGACUGCUCACUGGCGCGGUCAACUCCACCUCUAAACCAGGCAAAUACCACGAAACCAUACGUACUCAAAAGACUAGUUGUCCUAAUCGGCCAUAGACCAUCAUGAUGUAGAGUCCAUCUGGCCGUUCUCAUUAUUUACAAAACGCAGGAAGCAAAACCUAUCUGUGGAUAUCUCAUGUAUCAUUGGAAAAAUCCAGGGGGGACCUCGUGGAACGUUAUCGGUUCGUCUAUUAAUUGGACAGCAGAAGCAUUGGGGGUAUUUGUCUAUGGCAAGAGAAACAUUAAGUAGUUUGUGAUGCCAUGUCGACCAUCUGAUAUUGAAAUAGAAUUAGCUACAUAUUCGGUGUUCAUUACUUUGUGCUCAGUGUCGUCUUGGGAUCGGAAGUAGAAGAAAGCGAGUGUGUUACUUUUGGGCAUUGAUUUUUUCGGAUAUACAUGUAACUUCCAGUUGAAUUCGGUGUGUUUCCAGAAGAGCAAUCGACUUUCACUGUGCCAGAGGAACAUUUAAAUACUUGACGUGCUCUCAGCUGUUUAGGAAUCUCAGUUCAAUCGUGACCCAAUCGAUGUCAGAGUAAUCUGUUCCUCUUGAUAUAUCUUUUCUCAGGUCGAGUGCCCGACAACAAGAUGGCCAAACGAACAUUUUCUCCGUGGUUGUCGUCAGUUGCUUUAAUUCUUGCCUGCCUUGUGCAAGAAGCUUUGGGUCAGACAGAUAACAACAAUACUACCAAAGUGGCCCUUGGAGUCACCUUCGGAAUUCUAGCCGUUAUCAUAUUGGUUGUGUUUGGAUUCUUUAAAGUGUACGGAGGCAUGGUCAGGAGGGCACCGACAUUCCUUCACGACCGGCCUGACCCAGAAGGUGUAGAAGGAAACAGCGUGUAUCUUCGGUGGGGGGUUAGCCUCAGUAAAACGGAAAGCUACGCAGUUAAAGUGCGCCAUUAUGUACUGUUCUUCAAGAACGAAGCGCCGGGGGCCCAGUCGGCCCCGUGUACUGUGCUUGUGCCUGGCAAACCUGAUGGUAGCGGGGACUAUACUCACCAAGGUGUCAAGAAAGGAGACCGUCUUGUGUUCUGGGUACUAGCCAUCUAUAUGUCGAGAUUACCACUGUGCAUCGGGAUGCAUGAAGGGAACAGCAGUAAAAAGGUAUACUACAAAGGUGUCUCCAAGCAUUAUGACCCGAACGAAGACGAGGACCUCCCUGAUGAAGCCACGUGGCCGAUAGACGGUGACACCUCAGAAACUGGUCCACUCACAGCUUAAAAUGCCCUUUGUAUUAUGUUGCUCAUAAUGGACUAUGCAUCUUAGGCACUCUGAGCAUUGGUACAUGUAAAAACUAUAAGGAUUGACAAGACUACUGCUGUUAGAACUAGUUUGCUGGUUUGGGGAGAUCUAAAUAUCAUGAGGAACGAUUGCAUUCGACUGAACGUGUAGAUGUUUAGUAUUAUGCUGUACCGGUGUGAAGGAACUGGAUGCACCUCGUUGUACCGGUUAUACUGCAUAUAAAUGUACCUUCAUACAUUUUUCUUCCAUGCAUACACUUCCCCAGAUUAACCUAAAAAAAAUCGAAAUGUUCAAAACAUUCCAUACCUGAUAGUCAUUCUUUUUACUCGUCAGGGCAGAUCAUCACGAUUGUGUGUACAUGUAGCUAGGCCUACAUGUAUUGAUAAUGUGAAUUGAUGUAUUCGCGUAUGCACGAAAAGCACUAUCAUUUCAGAAUGAUGAAAUUUGCACGACUGAAUCUUAAAUCUGAGCUCCUUGUCUCGGCGACCACAUAGCGAGACGGCAGGUCAGUUUUAAAAUCUAAAUUUUAAGUUUUGGCCACAUCAGUUGACAGUAGGUAGAGGUGGAGACUAAUUAAAAGAGCUGGCGAUGCAUUCGUUGUUUGGGGGUCGUCCAGUUAGAACAUACGCAUCCGAGGAGACAAAUUAUACCAACUGUAUAUACUGUUCAGCUAAAAUGGAUGGCGUCUACCACGGAAUGUUUACCAUAUACGACGGGACACUAGGCUGAAUAUUGUCUUUUAUGUACAGUGAUCGGUGAUUCAUUAUGACAUGAGAGUAUAUAUUUUAUUAUAAAUAUGAAUAGUUGGUUCUUAUGUAUAUGUGUCGUUAACCUCCUUCGUCUGUUUACAAUUACAGUUACAAUUUACAACUUGACAGACGAAACAUAUUUCAGCAGAAAUCUCAUUUGGGAUCAGGACCACUUGAUAAACAGUGGGGUGAAAGGCUCGUCAUCAUGUCCAGCUCAUGCUGUACGGAACAAAUCCGCUUUAAAACAAACUCCUGCAUGAAGAACAUAGUGUAGGAAAACUGUGAACAGUACUUUGUGAUAUUAAACCAGUCUUUGCACUGAAGCUGCUGCAUGCUGCCCUUCAUGGCACAUCAAUUUAGUGUUACCACAUGUAAUAUCCAUAAUGUAUAAUUUUUUUGACUAUAUUGGUGUGUUACGAAUAUAAGAAGGUAAGUCCUGUUUGCAACUACAAGUUCUUUCUUUGUCGAUUUUAUGUAUGCAUUCAAAAGACAGUUGAUUUUAGAACAUUUAUUCACCUCGGUUCUAAUCUUAUCCGGGCGCCUCAUAUUCGAACACGCCUUCAGGAGCGUACCCUUGAUUUGAACGCUUCAACGUGUUAUGACAUGAUGUAUCCAUAAUGUAUAUAUUUGCUGACUAUAUAACCAACGUUAUAUCACUCCGAUGAGACAACCUUCAUGAGAGAGAUGGCUUUCGCCAUCUGUGGUCAUCUCGUGGUACUACUCAUUGUCACUGUUGACUGGCUGUCUGGCAUUGAUCAGUGUCACUCAAGAGGAGAGGCAGAGACGGAGGGGGGGGGGGGGGGGGGGCGGAGAGGAGGGGCAUAGUAAGGUGGAUUCAGCUCUCUGUAAACGGAUCUUUAUGAAUCUCAGUCUCUGCUAUAUUUUUACUUGGAGUACUGGAAUGGCCAGCUCUGGUUUACUGUUUUAAUAAAUUGCUUUAAUGAAUUUACAUUCCAACUGUGUUGUGUAUGAUUUAGUAUUCUAGCACUGUACAUGUAGGUAUGAUUAAAAUACAUAUUUAUAUUAA